AAACACAGCUUGUCUUUGUUUUAAUUAAAAGAAGCUUUUGUCUCAUUUUCCCUUCCCCACCAAACACACUUUUGUCUUCUCUUUAAUAACUUCUUUCACUUCAUCUUCUUCACUGUUAACGGUCGGAAACUAAAAAAUGUCUCCUCCUCACUGCUCCUUCGUCAUCUUCUUCGUCUUCUUCCUCACUUCACAUUCUUCUGUUUUCUCCAGAAUCUUACCAAAGACCUCUGUAACCACUACCUCAAUUCUCAAUGUCGCCGACUCCAUCCACAGAACCAAGUAUACGUCGUCGUUUCGGUUAAACCAGCAAGAAGAACAGACUCACUCUCCUUUUAGCUUGACGCUUCAUUCACGAGCUUCCGUCCGUGGAACUGAACACUCAGACUACAAGUCUCUAACACUAGCCAGACUCAACCGUGACACAGCCCGAGUCAAGUCUCUCAUAACUCGUUUAGAUCUAGCAAUCAACAACAUAUCCAAAGCGGAUCUAAAGCCUGUUACCACAAUGUACACUACUACUGAGGAGGAAGAUAUCGAAGCUCCUUUAAUCUCCGGCACGACUCAAGGAAGCGGCGAGUACUUCACACGCGUCGGUAUCGGAAACCCGGCGCGUGAAGUCUACAUGGUUCUCGAUACUGGAAGUGACGUUAACUGGCUACAAUGCACUCCUUGCGCUGAUUGUUACCACCAAACUGAACCAAUCUUCGAGCCAUCGUCGUCCUCUUCUUACGAGCCUCUCUCUUGCGACACUCCACAGUGCAAUGCCCUUGAAGUCUCGGAAUGUAGAAACGCCACGUGUCUUUACGAGGUUUCGUACGGUGAUGGUUCUUACACCGUCGGAGAUUUCGCCACCGAGACUCUAACUAUCGGCUCAACUUUAGUCCAAAACGUCGCCAUUGGAUGUGGACACAGCAACGAAGGGUUGUUCGUCGGCGCCGCCGGUUUGCUCGGACUCGGCGGUGGUUUGUUAGCUCUUCCGUCGCAGCUCAACACGACGUCGUUUUCGUACUGCCUCGUUGACCGUGACUCAGACUCGGCUUCAACCGUAGAGUUCGGGACUUCUCUUCCUCCUGACGCCGUCGUGGCUCCGUUGCUGCGUAACCACCAGCUCGACACGUUUUACUACCUAGGCCUCACCGGAAUAAGCGUCGGCGGCGAGUUGCUUCAGAUUCCUCAGUCUUCUUUCGAGAUGGACGAGUCAGGAAGCGGUGGGAUCAUCAUUGACUCAGGAACCGCCGUGACUCGUCUCCAGACCGGAAUCUAUAACUUGCUUAGAGACUCGUUCUUGAAAGGGACGUCGGACUUGGAAAAAGCAGCCGGAGUGGCGAUGUUUGACACGUGUUACAAUCUUUCUGCUAAGACGACGAUAGAAGUCCCGACGGUGGCUUUUCACUUCCCCGGCGGGAAGAUGUUAGCUUUGCCGGCGAAGAAUUACAUGAUUCCGGUUGACUCGGUGGGGACUUUCUGUUUGGCGUUUGCACCGACGGCGAGUUCGCUAGCGAUCAUCGGAAACGUGCAGCAACAAGGGACACGUGUCACUUUCGAUUUGGCAAAUUCUCUCAUUGGAUUCUCGUCUAAUAAAUGCUAAGCUGUUUUUUUUUUUAUAAUAUAUUUGAGUGACAAUG